GAUAAGAAUAAAAUAAUACUCUCAAGUCUGAAACAAUAAACCCAAUCCACCCAUCCAUCUAGGGCUCCCUUUCUUGCAUUUCUUCUCCUUCUUUGCCUUUUUUUGGGGAAAAAAAAAAUAAAACAAGAAGAGAAGCCAUUGUUGAAGCUUGAAGCAGCAAUGGACCCACACCACAACGAACCCAUUCACGACGGUGAACCUAACGACGUUAAAUCCACCCACAUCCCAAAAGAUGACAAGCCUCAACCCCUCUCUGGAGAUGGAGCUAGCCCCGGAAAAAUUUUCAUUGGAGGUUUAGCAAGAGAGACUACUACUGCACAAUUCAUCAAACAUUUUGGUAAAUACGGUGAAAUUACGGAUUCCGUGAUAAUGAAGGACCGGAAGACAGGGCAGCCCCGUGGAUUUGGCUUUGUGACCUAUGCAGAUCCAUCUGUUGUUGAUCAAGUCAUUCAGGAUACUCAUAUUAUCAAUGGCAAACAAGUUGAAAUCAAGCGAACAAUACCAAAGGGAGUGGUUGGGUCUAAGGAUUUUAGGACCAGAAAGAUUUUUGUUGGUGGAAUACCUGCGGUUGUGACUGAAGAUGAGUUCAAUGAAUUCUUUACACAAUUCGGAGAGGUUACAGAACAUCAGAUCAUGCGGGACCACUCCACCAAUCGUUCUCGUGGGUUUGGAUUUAUUACAUUUGAUACAGAGCAGGCAGUUGAUGAUCUGUUGGCCAGGGGAAAUAAACUCGAGCUGGCUGGAACUCAGGUGGAGAUCAAGAAGGCUGAGCCAAAGAAGGCAAACCCGCCUCCACCUCCAUCAAAGCGUUAUAAUGAUUCAAGGCCUGCGUUUCGUGGUGGGUUUGAUGAUGCUUAUGGUGGAUUUGGAGGCAGUGGAUUUGGUAGCGUUGGUGGUGGUUAUAGGUCUGGAGGGGCCUACGGAAGUAGAGCUGGUGCUUAUAGUGGAUAUGGUGGAGGUGAAUUUGGUGGCUAUGGAGGAUACGGAGUUGGGGGUAUUGGUGCUUACAGGGGAGAGCCUUCCUUGGGAUAUACUGGUCGUUAUGGAGGACUGUACAGCAGAGGUUAUGAUUUAGGUGGUGGGGGUUAUGGUGGCCCUGGUGAGAAUUAUGGCGGAUAUGGUGGUGGCAGUGGUGGUGGUGGUUCUGCCAGCGGCUAUGGAGGUAGCUAUGACACUGGUCUUGGAGGUGGCUAUGGAGGUAAUGGUGGAGGUUCCAUGUAUGGAAGCAGAGUGGGAUAUGGUGGUGCUGGGAGUGGUAGGUAUCAUCCUUAUGGGAGAUAGGAGGCUUCUAAAAUGAAAAUUUUUUCGGAACACUGGUGGGCAAUGAGGUUAUUUUCAAUUGCAUUAGCUUGACCUCUAGAUUGUUUUACUUUGUUAGGGAGGGGCUUCGUAUUUUUCCACCAGAUGUCCAAUUCAUCUAUUUUUCGCAUCUUGUUUACCUGUACUAGGAAUCUAAGAGACUGACUUUAUAUUUUGUUCAUUUAUGUUAUAAUGGACAUCCAUAAGUUAUAAAUUGUGAAGAA